AAAAAAAAAAAAAAUUAGGAACUUCUAUUUUUAUAUUUGAGAGAGGGUUUAAGAAGGGGUUUGGUCCCAAUUCGCCGCUUGUUACAGAGACAGAAGAAAGAAGAAAAGAGCAAGCAAGCGAUCAUCAUGGGUGAAAAGAAGGAUUCUUUAGAAGACCCCACAAAGCAAAAUCAACAUGUUGGGAAGCAAUUGCCUGACAAUCCGGACAUCGACAUGCAAUUCCUCUCCGCCCCUAUCAAAUCCGCGGUCGACAAAUACCAGCUUGUUCCCGAGUUCCUAAAGGUGAGGGGGCUAGUGAAGCAACACUUGGAUUCGUUUAACUACUUUGUGAAUAUUGGAAUAAAGAAGAUUGUCCGAGCUAAUGACCGUAUUGAAUCAAGCCUUGACCCCAGUGUUUAUGUCAGGUUUAAAAAUGUCAGAAUUGGUAAACCCUCAGUACCAAGCGAUGGUGUCGAUGAUGAAAUCUGUCCCCAAUUUUGCCGCUUAUCUGACAUGACGUAUGCUGCUCCAAUAUUGGUCAAUGUUGAGUACAACACUCAAGGAAAUAAUCCCCAAAAAACCAGAUUUGAGAAGAAUGAUGUUACAAUUGGAAGAAUGCCUAUCAUGUUAAGGAGUUGCUGCUGCGUAUUAUAUGGAAAAGAUGAAGCUGAACUUGCAAGACUUGGUGAGUGCCCCCUUGAUCCUGGAGGAUAUUUUGUUAUCAAAGGGACAGAGAAGGUGAUGUUGAUACAAGAGCAACUAUCUAAGAAUAGGAUUAUUAUUGAUAGUGACAAGAAGGGAAACAUCAACGCAUCUGUGACAAGCAGCACUGAGGAUCGGAAAAGCAAAACAGUUAUCUUGAUGGAAAAGGGGAAGAUGUAUUUACACCUAAAUAUGUUUUCGGAAAAGAUUCCUAUUAUGGUAGUCAUGAAGGCAAUGGGAAUGGAGAGUGAUCAAGAAGUUGUACAGAUGGUUGGAAGAGAUCCUCGUUAUAGUGCUGUACUUUUGCCAUCCAUUGAGGAAUGUGCAAACAAGGGUAUAUUCACAAAACAGCAGGCUUUGGAGUAUCUUGAUCCAAAGGCGAAGAGGACUUAUGCCAGUGCAUCAGAAAAGGGAGCUUUACCCGUCCUUCGAGAUAUGUUUCUUGCAAAUGUACCAGUGCGCCAGGGUAGUUUCCGUGCAAAAUGCAUAUAUGUUGCUGUAAUGUUACGACGUGUGAUAGAUGCAUUUCUGAAUAAGGAUACAAUGGAUGACAAGGAUUAUGUGGGAAACAAGCGGUUGGAGUUAUCUGGCCAGUUAAUUUCUCUACUCUUUGAGGAUUUGUUCAAGACGAUGAUUGAUAAUGUUAAGAAGAAGAUGGACGAAAUCAUGGGAAAGCCUAGCAGGUCUAGCCGAUUUGACCCCGCGCCAUACCUUUGUGGAGACAGUAUUACAAAUGGCCUGGAGAGGACGCUUUCUACAGGUAACUUCAAUGUCAAACGGUUCAGGAUGGACAGAAAAGGCAUGACACAGGUACUAGCUAGGUUAUCAUUCAUAGCGGCUAUGGGGCACAUGACGAGAAUCUCACCACAGUUUGAGAAGUCUAGGAAAGUCAGUGGACCUCGAGCUUUGCAACCUAGCCAGUGGGGCAUGCUUUGCCCAUGUGAUACUCCAGAAGGUGAAGCUUGUGGUCUGGUAAAAAACUUGGCCUUGAUGACUCAUGUUACAACUGAUGAAGAGGAGGGCCCAUUAAUUUCUCUGUGCUACUAUUUGGGCGUUGAAGACUUGGAACUACUAUCUGGAGAAGAGCUUCACACACCAAAUUCCUUUCUAGUUAUAUUUAAUGGGCUGAUCCUUGGCAAGCAUCGGAGGCCACAGCAUUUUGCUGCUACCAUGAGAAAGUUACGGAGAGCUGGCAAAAUUGGCGAGUUCGUAAGUGUAUAUGUCAAUGAGAAGCAGUGCUGUGUUUACAUUGCUUCUGAUGGAGGUCGAGUUUGUCGUCCACUUGUCAUUGCUGACAAGGGCAUUUCGAGGAUCAAAGAACAUCAUAUGAAGGAGUUGUUGGCUGGAGUCCGUACGUUUGAUAGUUUUUUACAAGACGGGUUGAUUGAGUAUCUUGAUGUUAAUGAGGAGAACAAUGCUUUGAUUGCUUUAUACGAAGGAGAGGCUACAACAGAAACAACACAUAUUGAAAUUGAGCCUUUCACCAUCCUAGGUGUUUGUGCUGGGCUUAUUCCAUUUCCUCAUCACAAUCAGUCACCUAGAAAUACUUAUCAGUGUGCAAUGGGGAAGCAAGCUAUGGGAAAUAUUGCAUAUAACCAGUUACGUCGGAUGGACACCCUACUAUACCUGCUGGUGUAUCCUCAACGACCUCUGUUGACAACAAAAACAAUUGAGCUGGUUGGAUAUGAUAAGCUUGGAGCAGGGCAAAAUGCCACUGUUGCUGUGAUGAGCUAUAGUGGCUAUGACAUAGAGGAUGCAAUUGUCAUGAACAAGUCAUCUUUAGAUCGUGGAUUUGGCCGUUGUAUCGUUAUGAAAAGGUAUAGUGCUGUGCUUCAAAAGUACGAAAAUGACACACAGGACAGGAUACUCAGGCCUGAUAGAAAGGGCUAUGGUGCAAAACAUAUGCGGAUACUGGAUGAUGAUGGGAUUGCUUCACCAGGGGAAAUUAUUAGCCCACAAGAUAUCUAUAUAAAUAAACAGUCCCCUGCUGUUACAAGGGGGACGAGAGUACCACCAUCAGAAUUACCAAAUAUAGGAUAUAAGAGCAGUAAACAAACAUUUAAGGGUCCUGAAGGGGAGUCUUGUGUAGUGGAUCGAGUGGCUCUCUAUAAUGAUAGGCAUAAUAAUUUAUCUAUCAAAUUCUUAAUUCGCCAUACUCGUAGGCCAGAGGUCGGUGACAAAUUUAGUAGCAGACAUGGGCAGAAAGGAGUUUGUGGCACCAUUAUCCAGCAGGAAGACUUCCCAUUUUCUGAACGUGGCAUUUGCCCUGAUUUGAUUAUGAAUCCUCAUGGGUUUCCUAGUCGAAUGACAGUGGGGAAGAUGAUAGAGCUUCUUGGGGGUAAAGCUGGAGUUUCAUGUGGUAGGUUUCAUUAUGGCAGUGCCUUUGGGGAACCAAGCGGUCAUGCAGACACAGUUGAAGCUAUGAGUGAAAUUCUUGUGAACAAAGGCUUUAGCUACAACGGCAAAGACUUUCUGUAUUCAGGUAUCACAGGUUGCCCACUGCAAGCAUAUAUUUUCAUGGGUCCUAUUUACUAUCAAAAGUUAAAACAUAUGGUCCUAGAUAAAAUGCAUGCUCGAGCUGAUGGACCCCGUGUUCUGCUAACAAGACAGCCUACAGAGGGGAGAGCUCGCAAUGGAGGACUUCGUGUAGGAGAAAUGGAACGUGAUUGUUUGAUAGCUUAUGGUGCUAGUAUGUUAAUUUUUGAGCGCCUAAUGAUCUCUAGCGAUCCUUUUGAGGUUCAGGUCUGCAGAAUAUGUGGUUUGUUAGGAUAUUACAACCAUCAUCUGAAAACUGGAAUCUGUUCAUCUUGUAAAAAAAGGGACGGUAUGUCCACUAUGAAGCUUCCGUAUGCAUGCAAGCUCUUAAUCCAGGAACUCCAAUCGAUGAAUAUUGUUCCCCGCUUAAAGCUAGCCGAGGCAUGAGUUGAAAGAGAUUCUCUUUAGUUCCUAAAGAUCAUAAAAGGAGAGAAGGAUUUGGUAAUGGGUUUUGUAUGCUGCACAUAUCCUUCUGGAGGCUACUGCUAUCCAGCUAAGUUUUCAUUGCAAAGUUCGAUCAGGAACGUAAAUACGAGCUACAUGGAAGUCUUGUUAGAGGGAUGCACAGCCGUUGAGCACACUUUUCACUCAUCUAAGCCAACCAUCAUGCCAUCUAUCUAUGACAAAUAGAAUUUUAUAACGUAGAAUGGGUUCACUCUUAUUAGUAAAUGUAAUAUAUUUUUUUUUUCCAUUAACAUUUUUAACUUUUCUUCUUUCUGUGGGGAAAAUUGUAGGAAUGGAUAGACUUUUUCAUGGAUGAGACUACAACGUUUGAUUUGUUUCUA